AUGGAGGUCGUAAAAUUCGGCGACACUCCUAGUACAGAGAACCCGUUGCCAAACCAUGGUGAUCAAGGGGUAAAUGCAAUUGGGGAAACUAAUAUGAGAAGGAUCAAAGAGGAUGUGGCUGAGAUAAGAAUGCUGAUGAAAGUAAUCUGGGAAGAAAUGGUGAAAAGAGAAAUGAUAAUCUCUAAGGAGGGAAAUAGAGGAGUGAGGGACUACUGCGAGUUCCAUGCAGAAAAGAGACAUGAGAUCCAGGAAUGUGACGAGUUUAAGGCCUUAAUACAAAGCCUUAUGGAUAAUAAAGAGCUAGAAUUUUAUGAAGCUGGCUCAGAUGAGGGUUAUGUAUGCACAUUGGAAGGGGAACCCAAGAAUCGAAGAAUCAGCCUACCAAGGAUCAUUAUUUCCCUACCAAUAAGUAAUGAAAUUGAGACACAAACAGCGUCAAAAGUCAUUAUUCACAAACCCGUUUCCUUUCCUUAUAAGGAUAACAAAAGGGUACCAUGGAAUUAUGACUGUAAUGUGACAAUACCAGAGAGAAAAAAUAUAGCUAGUACUUCUAAGGAGGCUCAAGUUGAAGGAUUCUACACACGUAGUGGGAAGCAUUAUGAUGCAAAAGGCAUCAGAAUUAAGCCUAGGAAAGUGAAAGCCUUUGACGUUGAGAAGGAGAAUAGGGCUGAGGUACUUAUUAAUGAGCCAAUGAAGGAAGAAGAAGCUAGAGAGUUUCUAAAAUUCUUGAAACACAGUGAGUACAGCGUAGUUGAGCAAUUGCGCAAACAACCAGCUCGUAUAUCAGUAUUGGCUUUGCUUCUGAGUUCAGAGGUACAUCAUGAGGUGUUAAUGAAGGUGCUCAACAAAACUUAUGUUAUUAAUGAUAUAUCCGUCAACAAGUUAGAUCGAUUGGUCAGUAACAUAAGUGCUGACAAUUUCAUUUAUUUCAAUAAUAAUGAAAUCCCACCUGGAGGUAUGGGAUCAGCUAAGGCUUUGCACAUUACCACUCGGUACAAAGGAUAUACAUUUCCGAGUGUGCUUAUUGAUAAUGAGUCAGCCUUAAAUGUCAUGCCAUUGUCCACAUUGAAUAGAUUACCCAUAGACAGUUCUCACAUGAAAACAUGCCAUAAUGUAGUGAGAGCAUUCGGUGGUACAGAGAGGAAGGUCAUGGGAAGAAUUGAUAUUCAUUUGAUUAUUGGGGCAAACACGUAUGAGGUGGACUUUUUAGUAAUGGACAUCAAGCCCUCAUACAAUUGCCUGAUGGGGAGGCCUUGGAUACAUUCGGCAAGAGCGGUGCCCUCAUCUUUGCACUAG